CCCUCCACUCUUCCUCCUCCUUCUCCUUCUUUUCUCCCUUUGCCACAUCCACCUACCCAUCCACCCACCAGCCCACCCUCUCCCUGCCUCCCUCCCUCACAUACACACACACACACAGACACACACUCUCAAUCACCAAUGCACAGGGAUUGCAGUAGCAGCACAGCGAGAUGGAGAUCUCCGCUGCGUGUGUGAGUGUCUGUUCCCGUUGAGUGUGUCAGUGAUGGUGAAGGAAAAGAGGGAGCGAAAGGAGUAACCUUAAGGACACCAUGAGGUUUUCAGGCAAUAUCUGUCUCCUUUUUUCCUCACCUCUCACGGUGGUAACCUGAAUCUUUUGCCGGAUGUGCACCAACUACUCCAGCUGUCACUGUGCCGGCUGCUUCUCACUCGGCUGGACUGUACCCGGGAAGCAAAUGAAUACAAGGAUGAACGCCGGCUCUACGGGGUUUUCUCUUGUCCUUUCCUCCUCUGAUCUGUUUCUCAAGGAAAUAUGGUGAGCAAAGACGACGCCACAUGUAUCCUGCUGUCAGACUCCGAUGAAUCCGAUCCAGAAUCAGCGACAACACAAAGCAUUGACCCAAAGUCAGGGCAGCUGGUGAAGAAGAGAAACCGGGCUUUACAGGUUCGUUUUAAGGAUAUCUGUGAGGCUCAGAAUGAGCUGCGAGGGAAACACACCCGGUCCAUUUCCUGCAAAGUGAGACAGCGAAAGUACAUGACCAUGCCUGCCAGACGCUCCAUUCCGAAUGUGACCAAGAGCACUGGCGUACAGACUUCGCCAGAUCUCACCACACGAUACAAGACUUUCCCGUUCGAGAGGAAAAAGGGACAUACUUUCAAACACACGGCUCUGGUGGAAGAUUACAGGGGAAAGAAUGGAUUUUUGAGUGAUAUCAAAGGGGAGGAUGUGGAAACGGUCGGGGAGCCUUUCAAGUGUAAAGGGAAGAUAGUAGGGCAGACCAAAGCCUUGCUUCACCACACGGACGACAGCAGCGACACUGAGGAUUUGCUCUCAAGCGCCAACUGCAUAGACGGACCCUCAUGCUCGGACACAGUUUUCUCAGACGAGGGCCACUCAAACAGCCCUCAAUCCAAAAGUAAACACAAAGGAUUACCAAGAGAAGACAUGGACACCGGCACUACCUCCAAACGCCAACUAGCUAACUCAGAUUUCCCACAGGACAAAUUCAAGGGCGGCAGGCCGGUGGAGUGGAAUUCUUUGACCCGAAUGGAGUCUUUUGAAGGCCCCUCUAUGAGCUGCAAAAGGAAAAAGGGCCCGCAGCUACACGAGCAGCAAUCACAGACACUUCCCCACAGCGCUAAAUGUUCGGCUCAGUCGCAGGGGCAGGGUCGGACCAGGCAUGUGUCCGCUUCCUCCAAACUCCAGCAAGCGGUUGGGAGGAGCGAGGGCUUUCCUCAAGGAGACGUGCAAGCCCCAGGAAGUGGUAGUACCCCGCAGAUUAUCUCCUUGUCUGGUGACAAGGAUAUCAAAGCACAGUUGGAGGCCAUGGAGAGUCUGAUUAACUCCAGUCAGGAGACCAUCAAGGUCUUACUGGGAGUGAUUCAGGAGCUAGAGAAAGGUGAAGCACAGAGAGAAGGGCUCUCCUACCGAACCGGGCAAGACACAGCAAAUUGUGACACUUGUCGAAACAGCGCCUGCAUCAUUUACAGUGUCGAGCUGGACUUUAAGCUCCAGGAGGACAAACUCCAGCCGCUGAUGAAGAGACUCUGCCCAUUAGACAGCCAACAAUGUCCUGCUUUGCCUUACUCCAAUGAAGUCUUCACGUCCACUCCCAAGCGUAAAUCAAAGCCCGAGUCUAAAAAACACGCACGUUGGAAACUGUGGUUCCUGUAAACCAAAAUCCUCUGGAGCUUGUUUCUACUCCUGAAAUCCGACAAAGGAAUAAUCACAGCACUUCGCCAACGCGACGAAGAAUGGAUAAACGACAGAAAGCCAAUACUUUGGGGAUUCUAAGCUGCAGCAGCAAAGACAAGAACAUUUUUAACUUUGCAAUUCUUUUUUUACUGGCAUGUUCGCUGGAAGAGGAUCCACGAAAACCUGCCAUUAUAGGUGAGAUUUGGAUUCUGUGCUGUAUUAUUUCAUCAUUAGCACUGUCAGCUAUUUAUACACAUCUAAAUACGCGGCUCUGCAUUCUGUUUUUUUUUUUUCCUCUCAGAUCAUAUUACUUGGCAACGAGGAGUGGCGCCAUGCAGAGGGCCCUUAAUGUGUGAAGCAGUAAUCUGUGAAUGGACGUUAGCUCCACCUCCAGCAAAGCACAAUAUUUCAGUAUCGAGAGAAAGGCGCAUAAAAGCCUGGCAUACAGUGAAAAACAUUGCCGCAACGUUCUCAUAAUCUUGUCUUUCGUGUCGUGUUGUGACACAUUUGCUUGCCUGUAUUGAUAACACUGUUUUCCCCAUCAAGCAUAAUGUUUUAAAUCCACCCAUCCAGCACUCCUGGUUCACUGCCUGUUCAUCCAGCAAUCCCUCGCCCAAAUCUCCAAAUGUUUUACUUCCAAGAAGGAAUGCUGCUUAAUGUAAUAAUUCUAAAGCUAUUUUUAUGAGGUGAAUUUAGCAAUGGUGAACUACUAAUAUGGCAUUUCACCAACCCUCCCCCUUCAUUGUGUGUCUUCACAAGCUUCCAAAUACUGUAUUUGCUUUCUGCAAAUCAUGGCAGAAGUGUGCAGCUCGCACACGUGGAAGGGCUAUUGAACACUAUGAGGUAACGGUAGCAACCUUAUAGCGUAUCAUUCAUGUGACCACCAGCUCUGAAAAAACAUUUAUAAACACAAGUGACUCUGGCGAAGACAUGGAACGCGGUUGCGAUGCCGGUUUACUUUUAUAUGGUGUUGGUGUUUCUGUUUAAUGUUGAGAAGAUAUGAACGACAGUAUUCAGGUCAUCGAUUUCCAAAUGAAGCUCUGUACUUUGGGGAAGUGCAAUUUAGCUCAUAUGUGCAAUAUGAUGCAUUUUCUACUGUUUCUACAUCACAUUAAAAGAUUUUGACUAA